AUGCCGGUGCACUUAAGAUGGGAGUGGGAGCCAGAGCCCGAGUCCAACCUGGCGGCUGCAGUGCGAGGAGCCAUGAAGACCCCGGCGGACGCAGAGUUCGCCUUCCCAGACUGGGCCUACAAGCCAGAGUCGAGCCCCGGCUCACGCCAAAUCCAGCUGUGCCAUUUCAUCCUGGAGCUUCUGCGCAAAGAGGAAUAUCAUUAUGUCAUCGCCUGGCAGGGGGACUACGGCGAGUUUGUCAUCAAGGACCCGGACGAGGUGGCCUGCCUCUGGGGGGUGCGGAAGUGCAAGCCCCAGAUGAACUAUGACAAGCUGAGCCGGGCCCUGAGAUACUACUACAACAAGCGGAUCCUACACAAGACCAAGGGCAAACGUUUCACCUACAAGUUCAUUCAUACCACUUAA